AUGGCCUCCCGGGACCCGCCGCCCGCCACCAGCUACGCCCCGCCCGACGUGCCCUCGGGGGUCGCGCUGUUCCUCACCAUCCCCUACGCCUUCUUCUUGCCGGAGCUGGUGUUUGGGUGCUGGGUCUGGAUCCUGGUGGCCGCCACCCAGGUAGCAAACCCGUUGCUGCAAGGAUGGGUGAUGUACGUCUCACUCACCUCGUUCCUCAUCUCCUUCAUGUUCCUGUUGUCUUACUUGCUUGGAUUUUACAAAAAAUACGAGUCCUGGAAAGUCCUGAGUGAAGACUCCUCUUAA